CAUGUUCCAAAAUGAAAAGUUUAUUAUCUCUUCUGUCCCUUUUCUUCUGAUCCUUCCUUUUGCUAUAAUACGCCGUGGGUGAUGAGUGAUGUGUUCGUUUAGCCUCAUCACUCAUCAUCAUCAUAAGGUAAAAGUGAUUUGAGAGCUUUGGUUCAGGGGGAAAGAUCCCAGUUUUCAGUGACCCUUCUAAUCUUUUUAUCUUCUCUUCUCUGUCCCUCACUCCUUCCUUUUUCCUCUCUCACACAUAUAAAUAUAUAGCUUCUGGAUCUUCUUCCACCUCUUAACGGAUCUCAGAUUCCAAAAUCUAUCUCCUUUAGGCUCUCCAAAUUUUUACUUCAGUUCUUAAUCUCCUGAAAUUCUGUUUUUUUUUUUGUGUGUAUGUGUGUGUGUUCGAACUUCAAAAAAAAAAAACAUGAGUGAAAGCAUGCAACUUUGUAGUCAAAGAGUGAACGGCACAUAGCAGCAAGUUUUCAGCUUUGGAAAGUUCACUUAGCUAAUUGUUUUUUCCCCCUUUAGCUGCUUUAUAUUUUUCCUUUUAGUCUUUGACAAUUGGCUUUUCUCUGCAAGCUCUUUUCCUUGCACCUAUUUAUUUAAUUUUUUUUCUGCACCCUAAGUUCAAUUUGUUAGAGUAUUCCUUUUUCCUUGGUCACUUUACCAUGAUUUAACAUGGUGGUGAUUGCUUUGAAUUCUCAUAGUUGAUCCAUAAGGGAGCUUGAAAGUUAGUCUCUUUUUUAUUUUAUUUUUUUGGUCUUUCUAUUUUUGAGCUGAGGAUGGAGUGUAGGAGAAAGAAGGAGAAUCAAAAAUCAAACUCCACUUUCCCUGAUGAGGUGUUGGAGCGAAUUCUUGGGAUGUUAAAGUCCCGCAAGGACAAAAGCACGGUUUCUUUGGUUUGCAAAGAGUGGUUCAACGCAGAGAGAUGGUCAAGGAGGAGUGUGUUCAUAGGUAACUGCUACUCUGUGUCUCCUGAAAUCUUAACUCGCAGGUUUCCAAACAUUAGAAGUGUUACACUGAAAGGGAAGCCUCGUUUCUCUGACUUCAACUUGGUUCCUGCCAAUUGGGGUGCUGAUAUUCAUUCUUGGCUUGUGGUGUUUGCUGAGAAGUACCCUUGGCUUGAGGAGUUGAGGCUCAAGAGAAUGACUGUUACUGAUGAGAGCUUGGAGUUUCUGGCUCUCAAAUUCCCCAAUUUCAAAGCCCUUUCCCUUCUCAGUUGUGAUGGAUUCAGCACUGAUGGGCUGGCUUCAAUUGCCACUAAUUGCAAGAAUUUGACUGAACUUGACAUACAAGAGAAUGGUAUUGAGGAUAAGAGUGGCAAUUGGUUGAGUUGUUUCCCUGACAGCUUCACAUCAUUGGAAGUAUUGAACUUUGCCAAUCUGCACAACGAUGUAAAUUUUGAUGCACUCGAGAAACUUGUCAGUAGGUGCAAAUCAUUAAAGACUUUGAAGGUUAACAAAAGUGUGACACUAGAACAGUUACAAAGGCUUAUUGUUCAUGUUCCUCAGUUAGGUGAACUUGGUACUGGCUCCUUUUCACAAGAGUUGACAUCACAGCAGUGCUCAGAUCUUGAAAGUGCAUUAAAAAAUUGUAAAAAUCUUCACACCCUUUCAGGGUUAUGGGUAGCUACAGCACAAUAUCUCCCAGUUCUGUACUCUGCAUGCACGAAUCUAACUUUCUUGAAUUUUAGUUAUGCACCUCUUGACAGUGAUGGCCUUACUAAGCUUCUUGUUCACUGUCCUAAGCUUCAGCGCCUCUGGGUUGUGGACACUGUUGAAGACAAGGGACUGGAAGCUGUUGGAUCACACUGUCCAUUACUUGAGGAGCUGCGUGUUUUUCCUGCAGAUCCCUUUGAUGAGGGCAUUGUUCAUGGGGUUACUGAAUCAGGGUUUAUUGCAGUCUCUCAAGGAUGCCCGAGACUUCACUAUGUUCUCUACUUUUGCCGUCAAAUGACCAAUGCUGCUGUUGCUACUGUUGUCCAAAACUGUCCUGACUUUACUCAUUUCCGACUCUGCAUCAUGCACCCUGGUCAGCUAGAUUACUUGACCCAAGAAUCAAUGGAUGAGGCCUUUGGAGCUGUUGUUAAGACUUGCACUAAACUCCAGAGGCUUGCAGUAUCAGGUUAUCUGACUGACCUAACUUUUGAGUAUAUAGGCAAGUAUGCAAAAAACUUGGAAACUCUUUCCGUGGCUUUUGCUGGAAGCAGUGAUUGGGGCAUGCGCUGUGUGCUGGACGGCUGUCCAAAGCUGAGAAAACUAGAGGUAAGGGACUGUCCAUUUGGCAACGGAGCUCUUCUGUCAGGCUUGGGGAAGUAUGAGUCAAUGAGAUCACUGUGGAUGUCAGACUGCAAUUUGACAAUGAAUGGUGUUAGAUUGUUGGCCCAAGAAAUGCCUAGGUUGAAUGUUGAAGUCAUAAAGGAAGAAAGCUAUGAGACUCAUCAGGCUAAAAAAGUUUAUGUUUAUCGAUCUGUUGCUGGGCCAAGAAGGGAUGCCCCUCCUUUUGUUCUCACUCUCUGAAAUGCUAUCUCUACUCCUACUUUGAAGUUCAAAAUGUCCUUGGUAAUCUCUCUCACAGAUAGAGAGCCUUGCACUCACAUUGAAACAUGCAUUGCAUCUGACACUCCACAAUUACCCCCAUUAAUAAGAAUCAAGUGACAUGAGCUAAAUUUCCCCCCCUCUAGAAUAUGAUUAAAAGAUUGUCCUUGGUUUCUAGUUGCACUAUCAUUUUUUGGGUCAACUGAUUUGGUGUAUAGAUGUAUGCUUCUAUGAGUUAAUUGCAAGUGUCCGUGACGCAUUAUCUCUUUCCCAACUGCAUUACUUAAUAGUUUUGUAUGAUCACACCAAAGCUAAUACAUCCAAAAGUAGUAGCUUUUGCUCCUAAAAUUUCUGUGCUGGCUACAUUGGAAUGUCAAACCUUCGACAGAUUUAUCCUUCAUGACUCAGUCCUAUUGAAGAUUGUAUUCUCUACUAAUAUGUGUUAAACUUAAAAUCAUUUUGUUGUGCAGUCUUUGGUUGUCUCCACAGAUGGCAAAAAUCCAUACUGAUAUUCAAGACUCAAUAAUAUGGCAGGUGGGAGGAAGAAAGGGGGAUUCUGCAUAAACUAUCCAGGAAGUCACUGCAAAUGUGAGCUAAAUUAAUGGAUUCCUGAGCAAUUAUUGUGAACAAUAUCCAUAUGCAUGAAAAAUAUUGCAUUGAUUACAGACAGAAAGUUCUAUAAUUCAAGAGGAUAAUGUAUUCAUGGCAGAAGCCUGUACUUAUCUGUGGCUUUUUGUUCUGAUUGAAAUAUCUAUUCAACAAAAUGCAACAUUCCCUUCUGAAAAUGGCGAAAAUCAUGUCAAUGGAUGAGAUUAAAUAAAAGUGAUUCAUGCUUGAUUGGAUA